AUGUCGAAUUGUCCCAGGUUCCAGGAGCAACCCCAGGACUUCGGAGUCUCACGAGGCAGAGGGAUUGAAAACUCAACCGGAGCUCCAUUGGCGAGGAAAUACUCAAUUCUCCUGCCCUCUCCAUCUAUCCGUUUAAGCGGAAGGAUGGAAGAAGGAGAAGACUUUGGCGAUGGACGAUCCACUAAACGGCUCAAGACGUCGCAUGUCAAUGAGUGGGUUCUACAAUCGAACUCGCGUGGUGACAGCUCCAACAAUCGGGCAUUACAGUCGUUGAGUCGGUCUAUAACUCCCCCCUUAUCGUAUCGGCGCCGAACCUCUGGAGCUUUAUCCCCAAUAAAGGGGCUGACAGAGGCGACAAAAUCCUCAGAGCCAGUCCGAAUCGAAUCCAAGUUAAAUGUCAUCUCGUCCCCGGUGCAACUCACGCACAUCCGUGACCUCUCUGACCAGUCUGGUCAUAAUGGUGACACUAUCAAGCUGCGGGAUAUCCUAGGCGAUCCACUGAUUAAGGAAUGCUGGCAGUUCAAUUUUCUAUUUGAUAUCGACUUUCUGAUGGACCAAUUUGAUCCCGACGUGAAGAAUCUAGUCAAAGUCAAAGUUGUCCAUGGAUCAUGGAAGAAGGACGCUCCAAACAGGAUUCGUGUUGAUGAACAAUGCUCCCGUUACCAAAAUGUGGAGCCAAUCAUUGCGUACAUGCCGGAGCCGUUUGGAACACAUCAUUCUAAAAUGAUGGUGUUAAUACGCCACGAUGACUGUGCACAGGUUGUCAUCCAUACGGCAAAUAUGAUUCCUGGAGAUUGGGCAAACAUGUGUCAAGCAGUUUGGAAAUCGCCACUCCUUCCUUUGCUGUCGCCAAACAAUGAUCGGGAACCCUCGAUUACGGGCGAAAUUGGUAGCGGUCCCAGGUUCAAGCGAGAUCUUCUCGCAUACUUAGAAGCAUAUGGUCGCAAAAAGACUGGUCCCCUGGUCGAGCAACUUAAAAACUAUGGCUUUGAUGGGAUACGCGCUGCCUUAAUUGCCAGCGUUCCGUCAAGGCAAAGGUUCCCAAGCUUAGAUUCUCGGAAAGAGACUAUAUGGGGCUGGCCUGCGCUACAAGAUGUACUGCGCCGGAUACCUAUUCAUAAACAGCAACCGUUACAAUCAAAAAGAUCGAGAAUUGUGAUACAGAUUUCAUCCAUAGCAUCUCUCGGCCAAAGUGACAAAUGGCUUAAAGAAACAUUUUUUGCCUCUCUAUACCCGCACUCAGCAGCCGAUGGGGCCCCUCAGCUCUCGAUUAUAUUUCCCACGCCAGAUGAAAUCCGUAGGUCUUUAAAUGGUUAUGGUUCUGGUGGAUCCAUUCAUAUGAAGAUUCAGAGCUCUGCGCAACAGAAGCAAUUAGAUUACAUGCGACCCUAUCUUUGUCAUUGGGCUGGUGACUCUGAAAAUAAUCAGACACCGGUUUCUGCUACUGACGUGCUCACACACGACUCUGCAAUUGACAGAUACCCACCCAAAGCUACUCCCGUUCGGGAAGCUGGCCGUCGCCGAGCUGCGCCCCAUAUAAAGACAUAUAUCCGCUUCUCAGAUGAAGAUAUGCGUACAAUAGACUGGGCAAUGGUGACUUCGGCAAAUCUGUCUACUCAGGCAUGGGGUGCAGCCAUCAAUGCGAAACAGGAGGUUAGAAUAUGCAGCUGGGAAAUUGGUGUGUUGGUAUGGCCGGACUUAUUUUGCAACGGGUCCGAAAGGAGGAACGAGAGUGGCGAAGAAAACAAAGACAAGGCAAAAAGUGAUUAUGCUCGGAUGAUACCCUGUUUUAGGCGAGAUUCUCCUUGCCUAAGCGAAGUGGAAAGAUAUGAAAUAGAAGAAACAUCGAAGAAGGAUGCUGAUAACACCGGGGUGUUAUCCACACUCGUUGGGUUUCGAAUGCCGUACGAUCUUCCUCUGAAGCCUUAUUCCCCCAGGGAUGUGCCCUGGUGCGCCACAGCAAGUCACAAGGAGCCGGAUUGGUUGGGCCAGACAUGGGAAGAGGGCUAA